AUGGCUCUUGUAUCCACUCAUGCACCUACAACCCUCAAUCCAUCAAGUAUGGGUGGUCACUAUGCAGAUACCACUUCUGAACUCUUCAAUACUGAUGGAACUUUUACUGAAACUGCCAAAGAUGAAAUUGCCUCCGAGGGAUAUCGAUUACUCAGUGAGAUCGCCAACAGCGCCAGCGAUCUUGAACCCGAAGACACCUCCCAAAUCAUGCGUGAUAGGGUCAGAAGAACGAUUUUCGAUAGAGAGGAUCUCGCCGAAGAUCCCACCUUGGACUCAAGGCUGAGCUCUUGGGCUUCAAAAGAUUCAGACGCUGCUUCUAGAGCUACGGCUGCUUAUAACGAAUUGAUGGGAAAGAGGGAUCUUUUCAGAUUAGCCCUACACGGCGUUAUGGGUCCAGCUGAGAAACCUUCUUUGGGCGACGGCAACGGUCCUUUGCCAAGCAGCUGGACGAGUAACUCCAUCGCUCCUCCAGGCCAUGCCGAAUACCCGAGUGACGAGACGUGGACUACUGAACAAGGGAGUAGAGCACUUGUUCCCCGAACUGUCAAGUCCGCUGAAGAGAUGGAAGAUGAGCUUGCUACGGGGUACAACCAAGUCGGUAUUCCCACUCAUCUUCUCCAAAAUCUCAGAAGGACUGAAAAGACACCCCAUCCUAUGGCAUUGACCACUGUCGGUCCUUCGUUUGACGAAGAUACCCUUGUUCCCUAUACGGGAGCAGGAGAUAUACUCAAUGGCUUCCAACACACUGACACUCCAAUUCGAACAACCCCUCCUGCCACUUCAGGAUAUUCUAUUCCUAGAACCGCCGUUCGAAGAGGGCACAGCGGACAAGAUGUACCCACUGCAUUAUCAAGAAUCGGUCAAAUGUGGCAAUCGAUGGUCUCUCAGAUGGAUCAAGAUCGAUCCGAAGCCAUCGAAUGGAGACAAGAUCAUCCUGAUGGAGGUAUGACUGAAGGCGGUGAUGCUGAAGAAGUCACUGAUGACGGUGAAAAAACUCAAGUUAGCUACAGGACUGGCCGAUUCAGGAACGGCUCUUUCUCGUCUUACACUUCAAUCUCUACUUCUGGUGGACCAGCUGGAGCUCUGCCUCAAGGAAUGAACCCCAUGAUGAGAAGUAUUCUCCCUUCGUAA